CAACUUCCUGUUUACUAGUAUUCUCUGUUCCUAAAAUGGCGUCAGUGGCGGAGAGGCAGCCGCCACUUCAAUCAACACGGUCUUUUGAAAAUGACGAGAAUUCGCCGACUAUUUUGCCAUGGGAUAGAUUUUCAAACUGGCUUCACUGUGUGUGUGUCGUGACAUUCGAUUUGGAGCUUGGACAGGCUAUGGAGCUUGUGUAUCCAUCCCAUGUUAAGCUUUCUGAAAAGGAGAAAAUGAAUAUUUGUUAUUUAUCUUUUCCUGAUUCAAACUCAGGUUGUAUGGGGGAUACCCUUUUUAACUAUCGUAUCAGGCAACACACGACUACAUUCAACAGAAAAGCUGCAACAUUGAGUACACGAAAUGCAUAUGAACGAAGGGGACCUGUCACAUUACAGGGUGAAAAUGCCUAUUACCACGGCUUUGUUUAUUUUCGUCAAGUUAGAGAUAAAUCUUCUCGAAGAGGCUAUUUUCAAAAGUCUGUGGUACUGAUUACCAAGCUGCCAUAUAUCAAUCUAUUUACUCACUUAAUAGAUAUUAUAGCACCAGAAUAUUUUGAUAAUGGGGAGCCAUGUCUGGAAGCAGCAUGUCAUGAUAUAGAUCAAUGGUCUCCACCAUUUCCAGGAGCAACUUUACAUUUACCUAUUAUGGGUGUGGUGCUACAAGUCAGAAUACCAUCAAAACAUGAUAAACCUGCACAGUCACAAGUUAUAAAACCUAUAUUGUCUCCUGGCAGUGCUCCACCAAUUGUGAUACCAUCUGUCAAUGAAGUAGAAGUUUUCAAAUGUUUUCAACCAGUUUUACCUCAUAUACAGUUGUUAUGGGAGUUAAUACUCACCAAUGAACCUAUUGUUGUGAUGGCUCCUUCACCCACCUUUUGCUCAGACACAGUGCAGGCGCUUGUCUUUAUGAUGUCACCGCUGAAGUACACAUCAGAUUACAGACCUUAUUUUACUAUACAUGAUAGCGAGUUUAAAGAGUACACUACUAAAACCCAGGCACCACCACCUGUUAUACUGGGUGUUACUAAUCCAUUUUUUGCAAAGACCCUGCAACAUUGGCCACAUAUCAUUAGAAUAGGAGAAAUGGGGCCUGUAGAUAAAAGUUCAUGGAAGAAAAAGAAAUCUAGUAAUAUAAAAACGCUAGAAUCCAAACCAGGUGUUUACACAAGAUAUAAACCGUUUUUGAACAAGGAUAAAACAGUACUUAAAAGACUGCAAAAGAUUUCCAUACAAGGACUGAGGGGUGAAAUAAUUGCAAAGGGUAUACAGAAUAAGAGGCCUGUUGAAGUACAAGACGCCAUGUUGAAACGUCAUUUUCUAGAAUUAACACAGAGUUUUAUGAUUCCACUUGAGAGAUAUGUUGCUAGUCUUAUGCCAUUACAAAGAAAUAUAUCUCCAUGGAAGCAACCACCAAGGCUAAAACCAUUUCUACCUGAAGAAUUUAUUAAGACACUAGAACAUUCAGGUCCUCAACUGACAUCAGGUCUCACAGGUGAUUGGAUUGGUCUAUACAGGAGGUUUUUCAAGUCCUCAAAUUUUGAAGCUUGGUUGAGAAGCCGACAACAGGAAGUAAAUCAGAAGUUGUCCAUAUUACAUCUUGAUGCUUUAUGCGAUGCUGAUCUAAUGCAAUGGAUUAAAGAUAAACAAGAAGUGGAAAUUGUUGAUCUUAUUUUAAGACUCAGGGACAAGUUGGCUACUGUAUGUGCUCCUGAUCUGCCAACCAGACAGGAAAGAAUAAACCAACUGAAAAUCCAUAUGGAUCACAUUAUAUCCAGCCUACCAGAUGAUUUACAGUCUAUUUUGAAAAGUAAUUGACAUGAUUUUGUUUGAAAUUGUAUCUGCGAUGUAUUGCCUGGACAGAUGAGAAGCUCUGAUAAUCUGUGAACGUUUGUGUAUAUACAAGGACAGAGAUACGUCUUAGUGCAUCACACACAUAGAAUACUAAGUAUUCACUUAUUAUAUAUGUUUGUGUAUAUUGAACAUGACAGGUAACAGUUCGUGAUGUGAUGCACUUUGAAAGUAACAUGGUCAGCAUGAAAUGAAAUGAUGAACAGUCAUGUGUUGUUGGCUGAGGAUAAAGUUGCACUAGUCGUAUAUCAUUGUUGCAACUAAUGAGAUCAUUGGUAAUUCUUCCUGGAAAUGUCUUCACUAAUAAUGUCAGAAUGUAUUAUUCAAAAUACUGGUCAUUAUAUGUACUAGAUUUUACACUGCCAAUACUUUAUUACCGUAAAAAACUCUAUUAAU